CUCUCUCCCCGGUUUAAACACACUGCUGCGGUGGAAGCAAGACAAAGGGAGAGCUAGUGGAGCGGCGCGCUCACCGCCCAAGCAGCAAGCGAAGCAAAGCAACCGCCCCGACACCGCGGCUAGGGUUUCCGCCUCGGUCGGGCAUUGCGGAGGCCGCAAGCCACGCCCUCCCCGGUGCGGCGGGCGGCGGGGGUGACCCCCACGAGCGGCGUCGGCUGCUGAUUUGGAUGGUGGGUUGCGGCGCCGGGGCUCAGAUCUGAGAUGGCCGACGGCGGGGGCGAGGAGGGGAAUGCUUCGGCGCACAAGGGCUCCGCGCGCCGCCGGGGGGCGGUGCAGGCGGGCAUGGACGCGGACGAGCUCCUCACGCUCAUGCACGGCUCGGAUCCCGUCAAGGUCGAGCUCACCCGGCUGGAGAAUGAAGUGAGGGAUAAGGAUAGGGAGCUGGGUGAGGCGCACGCGGAGAUAAAGGCGCUGCGGCUGUCGGAGAGGGCGCGAGAGAAGGCCGUCGAGGAGCUCACUGCUGAACUUGAGAAAGUGGAUGGAAAACUCAAGUUGACAGAGUCUCUCCUUGAAACCAAAAACUUAGAACUUAAGAAAACAAAUGAUGAGAAAAAAGCUGCUAUGGCUGCUCAGUUUGCAGCCGAAGCAACGCUACGAAGGGUACAUGCAGCCCAGAAAGAUGAUGAUAUGCCACCUAUUGAAGCCAUUCUUGCACCACUUGAAGCAGAGCUAAAGCUUUCUAGGCAAGAGAUUGCAAAGCUCCAGGAUGACAAUAGAGCUUUAGACCGUUUGACGAAGCAAAAGGAGGCAGCAUUGCUAGAAGCAGAAAGGACUGUACAAAUCGCAAUGGCAAAAGCUGCUAUGGUUGAUGACAUGCAAAACAAGAACCAAGAGUUGAUGAAGCAAAUUGAAAUUUGCCAGGAAGAAAAUAAGAUCUUGGACAGGUUGCACCGCCAAAAAGUUGCAGAAGUAGAAAAGCUUAGUCAAACUGUGAGAGAGCUGGAAGAGGCUGUUCUACAAGGCGGUGCAGCUGCCAAUGCUGUUAGAGAAUACCAACGGAAAGUUCAAGAAAUGAAUGAAGAAAAGAAAAUUCUGGACCGGGAGCUUGCUCGGGCUAAAGUUACUGCAAACAGGGUCGCUGUUGUAGUUGCAAAUGAGUGGAAAGAUGCUAAUGACAAAGUAAUGCCUGUUAAACAGUGGCUUGAAGAGCGAAGGUUCAUGCAGGGUGAGAUGCAGCAGCUUCGUGACAAACUUGCUAUUGCAGAGCGAACAGCCCGAUCUGAAGCUCAACUAAAGGAAAAGUAUCAGUUGCGCCUAAAGGUUUUAGAAGAUGGAUUGAGGGGUCCACCAAGUGGUUCUAGUCGGCCUCCUACAGAAGGAAAGAGUACAAGUAAUGGACCUCCCCGACGGCUUUCACUAGGUGGUGCUGAUAGUAUGUCCAAAGCUUGUCCAAACGGUGCGUUAAUGAGGAGGUCUCCAUCUUUCAAUUCAAGAUCCUCUCUCACAACCAGCAGCAGUUUGGUCCUGAAGCAUGCAAAAGGAAGUUCAAGGUCAUUCGAUGGUGGUACCAGGUCGUUAGACCGGGGAAAAGUUCUUGGGAACGGACCGCAGUCACUCAAUAGAUCCACUGAUGCUUUUAAAGAUUGUGAAACAGCUGAUAAUUGGAAGGCUGAUGCGGAAGAAAAAAACAAUGAAACCACAAAUAGUGAUUCAUGCGAUAUGGUAUCUGGCGUACUCUAUGACAUGCUGCAAAAAGAGGUAGUUUCUUUGAGAAAGGCAUGCCAUGAGAAAGACCAAAGUCUGAAGGACAAGGAUGAUGCAAUAGAGAUGUUAGCAAAGAAAGUAGAUACAUUAAAUAAAGCAAUGGAAGUGGAAGCUAAAAAGAUGAGGCGGGAGAUAGCUGCUAUGGAGAAGGAAUUUGCUGCGGUGCGCCUUGAGAAGGAACAAGAAAGCAAAUCUAAACGACUUGGUAAUUCAAAAGGACCUGGAACUUCUUCUCAGACGGUUUCUGGAAGAACUGCACCACGGGGUGGAUUGGCGCGCAACCUCCAAUAGCAUACCGCUAACAUCAGGCAGGCACGGAAUUCGUUGAUAGGCAGGCUUCAUUUCCUAUUAUAUUUCUUCCCCUGUUCUUAUUCCUUUUGUGAUGAAAUAGCACAGAUGACCCUGCGAUACCUAGAUUGGGGAAAAGAGUAGGUUUGCAUCUGACACGACUUGCAUUUAAUGUAGUGAAGGUAAUCCUUCGGUGGGUGAGGUUUAACCUUGUGGCGCGCUCUCAUUUUGUCGAGGCAGUGCUGCUGAGGUUGUAUAGGUUGGACGAUCCCGUGCCUUUUCUUCUAUAUGUAGUUGACCUAGUGUGUUUGGUUUUGCAUGUUCGGGUUGUGAAUAUCACUGUAUUUUGCUAUGGCCUCGUUUCUGAUCCGUUUGUUCGCCCUUGGUUGGGCAGGACUUGGUUCUUGGAAACCGUUUGUACCUUGUACUACCAUCUUGUUCCACGUCGAGCUGAAUCAAAAUGGAGUGUUUUGUCAUU